AUGGCCUACAAAUACAGUGACCAAGGGUCAGUACCAUUCAAUCCACCAUUGAUGGAUGAAGAAGUUGAGAACCAGGAAAUUACAAAACAAGAUGUAUACUCGAUACUUUUGUUAUUAUUGCUCUACGUGAUACAGGGGAUACCUAUAGGGAUCAGAAAUGCUAUACCACUGGUAAUUCAUGAUCGAGCAAGCUAUUCAAGUAUAGCGCUACUAUCACUGACUAGUUUGCCGUAUGCAUUAAAGUUGCUCUGGGCACCUAUCCUAGAUUUUGUGUACAUACAACGUCUAGGUAAACGUAAAACAUGGAUAAUUCCAACCCAGUUUCUAUGUGGACUGUUUCUAUUAUAUGGCAGUAUUGAUGGAAAACUCGAUAACUGGAUAGGUCAGGAUGAAACAGUAGAUACAGCCACACUUUUUAUUUAUUUUUUCAUCAUUUACUUUUUAUUAGCAACGCAAGAUAUUGCCGUAGAUGGGUGGGCAUUGACAAUGCUGCCCCCUCAUUUGAGAAUACAUUCAUCAACCUGCAAUUCAGCAGGCCAAUCUCUCGGGAUAAACAUUGCUUUUAUGGGUUUUAUCACACUAAAUUCCCGCGAUUCUUGCAUAAGACUAUACCAUUUUUGGAACAAAAUUUGUUCUUUGUUCGGUAUAAAUUAUAUUCCCCCUGAUGAUAAUUCCAUUGUCCCUUUAGUCACACUUUCUGGGUUCUGCAGAUUUUUCGGAAUAAUCAUCAUACUAUGUACUAUUUGCGUUUUCUUUAAAAGAGAAUUGGACGAUAAGCCAAUUCUUAGAGAUGAAGUUAUAGAACUUGAAUUUGGAACAAUUUCUCAGCAGGAUCCAUAUAUAAAUGAGAAAAACACCCAAGUUUUACAAUCAUACAAGACUCUAAUGAAGAUCAUCUUUUUGAAACCAGUGCGCAUAAUGGCGUUUCUAUUAUUGACAAAGAAAAUAUUCUUUUCACCGGAGGAGCCAGCAGAUCUGAAACUACUAGGAAACGGGCUUCCAAAAGACAUGUUUGCACUCGCCAGGCCUAUCCUUGUACCCAUUGAGAUUAUAUUCCCACCAAUUAUUUCCAUCUACAUUAACCAGUAUGGCGCAUCAUCUGUCAUGCUCAGGGGGUUGUAUGCGCACUUACUAGAAUUAAUUGCGUCUACAGUAUUUAUAGUCAUAACUGGAAUCUAUUACAAAGAGGAAAGGGGAAGAAUUUUGCGUCUGUUAUACUAUGGUGUAUUCAUUUCCAUGCUGGUAUUUCGCCAAAUCGUCAAAAUGGUAAUCAAUGUGGCCGAUGUCGCCUGGUUUGCUACAGUCUCUGAUCCUAAAAUCGGCGGGACAUACAUGACACUUUUAAAUACGUUUAGCAAUAUCGGAUACCUUUGGCCUUCUUCAUUGGCAUUUUUACUCGUUGAUCCACUGGGUUAG